AUGGGGACAAAAGUUUAUUCACUUGCGACAGAUUUCAUGAACUUGGGCCAAAAGUAUAACAGAUUUUAUCCACGUCUAAGGUGUUUUGGUCUUUACAAAUUGCACUCUUGGGCUGCAGUGUUGACCAAGUUUGAGGAUGGAAGGAAUCAAGAAAGUACAAGUGAAGCUGUGAAUGCAUACUAUUCAGCAGCAUUGGUGGGUCUUGCAUAUGGUGACUCAAGUCUUGUUGACUCUGGGUCAACGCUAGUGGCAUUGGAAAUUCUAGCCGCACAAACUUGGUGGCAUGUGAAAUACAAGAGGGAUAGUAAGCUAUGGUGGGCCAGUGCUGAGUGUAGAGAGUGUAGGCUUGGAAUUCAAGUGCUGAUUAUGCCAAGGAACUUGUGGAAUGGACAUGGCCUUCUGCACGUAGAGAAGGGUGGAAGGGAAUGA